AUGGGAUCAAAAGGAAAGGAGUUUUUAGUGCAAAUUGAAGCAUCGGUUAUCGAGUACAGAGAUCAACCUUCACUUCCCUCCAUGCCGUCUCCCUUCACGUUCUGUACGAAUGCCGCCCUCACACAAAUAAAUGCGACCCAUCUAUUGCGCCGACCAGCCCAAAGGCCUUGCGUCCUUAGCUUCUCUCCGCUUCGCACGCUGUAUUCCGCAACACUCGCCCGCCGCGUCCCUCGCGGAGGGUCACUCCGCGCCUCCACGCGAUGGGUCCUCCCCCCCUCCACUGCGCUGCCGUCAUUGCCGCCUGCUGCUACCUCUGCUUCUCCUCCGCUGCUGCGCAAGCAGGCGCAUCUAGUGGCGGUGAAACCGGCGCGGGACAUGGGGAGCAAGGCCUGGCGUGGCACGAGCAUCAGCGUGCGCCAUCGCGCAUCGCUCUCGCCCUGCACGCCGCGCCCGCGCCCAUACCGUCGCGUCGCCGCCAUCUCCUCCUCUUCUUCCCCCUGUCUCUGCCUCUCCCCUCCUCAUUUUCUUCCUCCACUGCCCUUUUCGCCCCACCUUUCCCCGUUUUUCCCACUCCCCGCCCCGCCAUCUUCCCCUCUCCUACCGUCCUCCCCGCGAGCAGGCGUGGCAGGCGGCGUACGAGUUGACGCCGGGCUCCUUCCUGCCGCCCCUCUCCGUUGCCCUGCCGCCCGGCGUGCCGCCCGCGCCGCACCUGGAGGAGUGCACGGCGCGCACGGCGGCGAGGGCGCGCGCAGAGGCGCGGGGGGAAGGGGGAGAGACGCCCACCUGGACCGCGCCCUCCCAGUGCUGCGGUUGCUCCCCCCAGCCGCCCUGGGUAGGCAUGGUAUCCGAUCCAUGCCUGCCCAGCCACUCCCCGGCCUCUCCAUCUCUUUGCCUCGCCACAGCCCGUCCCCCUACUUGCCUUGUGCCGUACGAGGUGACGACGCGUCCAAUCUCCCGCUGACACGUGUCGCUCAAACACACAUCUGGCAGCACCAGUUCCCCCCUUCAUGCGACCAACCCCGCUUGCUGCUUGCUGACUGGCCUCAUCUGAAUGCUGACGAGGCAGCAAGCGGGGCAGGGGAGGCGGAGGGGGGAGGCGGCAUGGGGGCCAUGGAGGGGGUGGCGGGGGAGGUGCAUGUGGUGGGGGGGCUGCUGGGGCUGGCAGUGCUCUUCAACCGCACGCUCGUCGUCACGCCGGGCUCCUUCCCCCAUGCCAACCACUCCGCUUGCUCCGCCCCCUCAACCCCGUCCCCUUCCCUACCACCCACCGUCCUGACUCCCCUCCCCACCACAGCCGCACCGCAGUCGCUGGCCUGUUUCUUCGCCCCCCUAACUGGGCCUCUCUGCGACCAGGCAGCAGCUGACGCCAUGGCCGCCCACCCGCCUGUGCCCGCCCUCGCAUGCACCGCCGCCCAAGAGGCCGCUCAGAGCGCCUCCCAGGGCUUGGAUGAGCUGGAAGCCCUGCUGACGUCAGCAGAUCCGGUGGUUCGUGUCUGCACUGGGGCGUUGAGCCGACACCAAUUGCUUCUGCUGGCCAACGAAUCACGCGUCGCCAUCCCGUUGCUGCGCUGCACACGACCCUCAUUCCACGUGCCCACCCGCCUUCUCUCCCAUCCCCAAUGCUCCCUUCCUCUCGCCCUGCCUCUGCCCCCGUCCUCCCUGUGCUGCCGGGGCGCCAGGCAUUGGGGCACAGCUGUGAGCGAGGCAUCCCAGUGGGUGGAGGUAGCGGGGGUGGUGCCGCCGCAUGAUGUGCAGAGGGAGCAGUUGCACUGGUGGCGAUCGCAGGCCGUCCGAUUCCUUUUCCGCUGGCCAUCUGCCCACCUCUGCCACGUCACCAACCUGAUCCGCCACAUCAGCUACGGCCGUUACAUUGCUGCUCAGAUGCACUCAGCUGCCCAGCAGCAGGCUGCCAUCAUCCGCUCUCUCUCUGCUGGCCCAUCUGAGGCUGACAAGAGCAUUGGCGUUGACACGGUUGCCGAAGCUAAAUUCCUAGCCUCGGUAGACAUCAGGUCCGGGCCGAGUCUGGAGGGUCGGCUGUGGCCGGCAUUAGGGUUUGAAGGAUGUGUGAAGGUGAAGGAAGGGACGUGGGGAGGGAGUGUGAUUAUAGACGAGGUGUACGAGGGAGUGGGGAGGGAGGCGUACAUCAUGCGGCCGAUAGUGAGUGUGCAUGUGAGUGUGGGGAACAGUGAGGCAACUGCAGGAGCAGCAGGGGAGGCGGUGGCUGCCGCAGGCAGUGCUGAUCCCAACACCACGCUGCCAGCAGCAUCACCCCAACGACCAGACGAAGUGAGCAACGAGCUUUCGGAGCACCGUGACUGGACGUUCCAUAGUGCUGGAGGGAGUAUGGGUGCGCAUGAUGGGCAAUCACCCCCUUCUGGCUUGGAAGGCAGCCUGGGUGGUGCCAUGGGUGUGACAGCAAGCAUGCUCUCUCAGCUCCUCAUUGCAUCUGAAUGUGAUUAUUUCGUGGGUGCUCUUAGUUCUUCCAGUGCUAAGCUGCUGAACGAGCUUAGAAGCACAAAUGGGAGGCUGCAGUCUGGAUUCAUUACGUUGGACCAAUAA